CCGCGGAUCCCGUCGCCCGCUCCCACUGCCCCGCGAUUUUCGCGUGGGCUUAGAGGCGGAGGGACAACCAAAAAUGGCGGAGCGGAGCCAGACGGCGCCUGAGGCAGGCUAUGACAUGGGAAAUGAUGAUGCCAUUGGAGGGAAUGUUAGCAAAUAUUUGGUGCUUCCAUCUGGAUACUGUGGACAGCCCAAGAAAGGACAUCUUAUCUUUGAUGCUUGCUUUGAAAGUGGUAACCUUGGACGGGUGGACCAGGUCUCUGAAUUUGAGUAUGACUUAUUCAUUCGGCCGGAUACCUGUAAUCCACGAUUCCGAGUCUGGUUCAACUUUACUGUUGAAAAUGUGAAAGAAUCACAGAGAGUCAUUUUCAACAUUGUUAACUUCAGUAAAACCAAGAGUCUUUAUAGAGAUGGGAUGGCCCCUAUGGUGAAAUCUACCAGCAGACCCAAAUGGCAAAGGCUGCCACCUAAAAAUGUUUACUACUACCGGUGCCCAGACCAUAGGAAGAAUUAUGUGAUGUCCUUUGCAUUUUGUUUUGACCGAGAGGAAGAUAUUUACCAAUUUGCUUACUGCUACCCAUAUACAUACACGCGCUUUCAGCAUUACCUUGACGGCCUGCAAAAGAGAAACAUGGACUACUUCUUUCGGGAGCAGCUGGGUCAGAGUGUGCAACAGCGGCAGCUUGACCUCCUGACAAUAACCAGCCCCGACAACCUUCGGGAAGGGGCAGAGAAGAAGGUGGUAUUCAUCACAGGACGAGUCCACCCAGGGGAAACACCCUCUUCAUUUGUGUGCCAAGGGAUCAUUGACUUCCUCAUAAGCCAGCACCCUAUUGCCCAUGUCCUACGGGAACACCUGGUCUUCAAGAUUGCACCAAUGCUCAACCCUGAUGGAGUCUACCUGGGAAAUUACAGGUGCUCUCUGAUGGGGUUUGAUCUGAACCGCCACUGGCUGGAUCCCUCUCCAUGGGCUCACCCUACCCUGCAUGGAGUGAAACAGCUCAUCAUCCAGAUGUACAAUGACCCAAAAACAAGCCUGGAGUUUUAUAUCGACAUCCACGCCCACUCCACCAUGAUGAAUGGCUUCAUGUACGGCAACAUCUUUGAGGAUGAGGAACGGUUCCAGAGGCAGGCCAUUUUCCCCAAGCUCCUCUGCCAGAAUGCCGAGGACUUCUCCUACUCCAGCACGUCCUUUAACCGGGACGCCGUGAAAGCAGGAACCGGGCGUCGCUUCCUCGGUGGGCUACUGGACCACACUUCCUAUUGCUACACCCUCGAGGUCUCCUUCUACAGCUACAUCAUCGGGGGCACCACGGCGGCCGUGCCCUACACUGAGGAAGCCUAUAUGAAGCUGGGAAGGAACGUGGCAAGAACGUUUUUGGAUUAUUAUCGGCUGAACCCCCUGGUGGAGACAGUGGCGAUCCCGGUGCCGAGGCUGCGGAAAGAAAAGCCCCCUCCCCACAAGUACCCAUUCCUGCGGGGCCCAGCCAGCAACCACCCCAACGGCAAAGGGGACAAGAAGAGCUCAGUGAACCACACAGACCCUUCAAACUCUUUUUAAGGACAUGGAGCCCGGGGAGGUCUUGUGGAGGCACGAGCAUGCAUUUUCCGCGGGGGCAUGAAAUUAUUCACCCUUCUCUCUAGUUUCCAAGAUACAGGGUGUGGGAUACGGACUAGGCUGGUGAAAGGGAAGGAAAAAAUGAGAAAUUUCAUCAUCGGGUUUCCCUUUUACCAAUGGAAAAUCAAUUGUGGGGCUUCAGCUUAAAGGGUCAGGAACAAGAUAGGAGGCUCGAACCAAGCGAGUACAGAGGCUAUUUUCACAACACAGAGAAUCCUCACAGGAUGAGGAAAAGCUACACAUCCCUUUUGAGAGGUUUGACACAUCUCAGGUCAGUGCUUUUGAAGCCUUUUCGAGUUGUGUUGCUACCACCGGUGGUUACCUCUUAGACUAGGUGAUGGUUGUUUACGGUUUUAGAAAUGCACUGUCUAUACCUGCUGAUCCAUCACCACAUCAGUGACACAUACGACCCAAAGACAAAUGUACUGUUGUGAACAAUAGGACAGAAUUUUUGAAAUCACAGUGGUCUGGGGUCACUAUGGUCACUGUCACUGUGUCUAUGGGCUGCGUGUAUUUCCCAAUGGCCUGGGUCGUUUCAUUGAAACUCUAGCUCCAAAGACAACAAGCAUUGGUCACUCAUGGUUCAGAUCUCCCGAUCCUGGUGUCAGGGACCAAACCUGGCCACUGAAGAGGUAGGUAUGGAUACUCUGGAGUGAGGGAAGGCUGGCUGCCAGGUGAAGGAAAUGCAGAAGGUAGGAGAGUGCCCCCACCCCCCUGCCCCGCCUCAACCGAGGCAGGGGGCUGAUAAAACUGCAGCAGUAGCAAUUCCCAAGCCGGGGAGCGGAAGCUAAAUAUUGUGCAUUUUUCUAAAGAGUAAAGUGCCUUUGUAUGAUGAAUGGGUCCCGAGGAGGGUGCUCCCUUCCUGUCUGUGAAGCGGCAGGUUGAAUCACUGCGACAGCCUGCUAAUUAAAAUGACCUCCCGGAAAUGAGGAUGCGGAGAUGGGAGAUGGGGAGAGGAAGGGAGGCUCAGGGGAGAGAGGGCCUUUAGCACAAAGCUCCAGUUAAGCAUUCUUUGGCUUUGGGGUGGAGAUUUUUGAAGUUUGUUGCAAAAAUUAAGAGCAAAGCUUAUUCUCCCUUUGUUUAUUGGUUUUCCGAAAUGAUAACAAAGAACCUUGUGUUCGCUGGCUACAAAUGUUGUGUUGUAUAUACAGCUUCUCCUCUGGGUUCUUGUUGCCCAGAAGAACACAAAUAAAGUGGUUUAUGCAUUGCU